AACAGCCACUUGAUUGUAAAAAUUUCAAUUUCAGCGCUCCGACUACCAUGCUACAGUUGCAUGAGCCCGUACUUGGAGGACCACUAUCCGUAUAUAUCACAUCUCUACCGUAAACCAUUGUCUUUCGAUCCACACUGUGAUAGAAAUAAUCUCGACCGAAGCUACCUUUUCGUGAAAAACUGCUCUGAUAUGUGUGUUACACUGCGGAUUAACGAUGUCGUUGGAGGGCGACGGAGGCAUGGCUACGUGCGUGGUUGUCUGUCCGACAUUCACGGAUACAACCACAGUUUAAUUCGAGCACUUGCCGAUCAAAGUGGCUGUCUUGACACCACCGCUCGACAGCUGUUCAUGCCGACCGCGCUUCGACAAGAACUUGAACCAUCCCGUCUGGCCAUAUGUGGAUGUCACAGUAAUCUCUGUAACUCCUCGCCAAACCCACUGGUUCCCUUGACUUCAGUGUUGGGUUUGGCGUCCGCCGUCGUCCUCGUGCUCCUCCUUCGAUCUACCACUUUUUAA